UCGAAUUUUCAUCUUAUAAUCUAUAACUAUUAACUUAAAAUUUUAAAGGCCAAGUCUUAAAACUACAAAAAUGUGUCACUUGAUUUUAACAAGGCUUUUCCGGGGGCGAGCCGUGUCAGUCCUGGAAGCGUCCCGAGUCCUCCUCACCGCCAUAUCCAUUGGCCACAGCCUUUCAGACCAAGCAACAGUGCAUUUUACACUGGCGACUUAUAUAUACACAUUCCCAAUGGUCGUCAACUUAUCCGAGUUCAUCCCUCCAAUGCCUAAUUCCCCAGAAAGCUUCACAGAAUUCCACAACGUCUGGCUCAUUCGUCUAAAAGAUUUCGUCGAUCAACUCCUGCUCGCGGCCGCACCGGAUCAUAACCCGCAAUACGCCACCGAAGAGCAGCAGAGACGCUUGAUCGACAAUGUGAUGUCUCAUUACCACUACUACUACCAAGAAAAAUCAAGGGUUGCCAGAGAACAACCCUACCUGUUCUUCGCUCCUCCAUGGAUGACUUCACUGGGGACCUCCCUGCUUCUCUGGGUUGGUGGCUUCAAGCCGGCCACGAUUUUCAAUCUGAUCGCAACCUCCGUUAAUGACUUGACUGCAGAGCAGGAACGGAAGUUGGAGAUGGUGAGGAAGCAGACGGUGGAGGCGGAGAGGGAGUUGGAGAAUGAAAUGGCAAUAAUUCAUGAGAGUGUGGCUGCGCCGCCGCUUAUGGGUCUGGUGCGGCAAAUCGGGAUGGAGAAGGUCGGGAGGCAGAGGUCAGCGGUUGACCAGGCGAUGGAAGUGUUGAACCAUUCGAUGCGGACGGUGCUGGAGACUGCUGACAAGCUACGGGGACGAACGAUGAGGAAGACGGUGGAGAUUAUGAGUUCGAUUCAGACGAUUAAGUUCUUGGCCGCCGCCGGGGAGAUGCAGCUGAGAAUUAGGAGAUUAGGACUAGAAAGAGACCAACACAGAGCUUCUUCCUCCUAG